GUUCUUUUACUCUCCCGGUCUUUCCCGCUCACCUUCCCUCUCCGGUUACUGAACGGGAAAUUUUCUGCUGCAAUUCUUUGCAAUAAAAGCAUUUUGGCAGGUGUGAAUUAUUAUUGAUUGUGUUGAUGAAUACAAGCGGCAGUGCUGCUGGUAUGGCCACCUCAAGUUCAGGUGGAAUUAGAAUAGGAGGUGGAGGAAUAGUAGCUGGUGGUGGCAGCUCUGACGGAGGAGGAGGAAGGAGGUCUUGGCCCUCAACAACAUCGGUCUCCGCCUCUGGGAAGAGAAUACAGCGGGAAAUGGCGGAGCUGAAUAUGGACCCACCUCCUGACUGCUCCGCUGGCCCGAAAGGCGACAAUCUCUACCACUGGGUUGCUACUCUCAUUGGCCCCUCUGGUACACCAUAUCAUGGUGGGAUAUUCUUUCUUGAUAUAACUUUUCCUAGUGAUUAUCCAUUCAAACCACCAAAGGUAGUGUCCAAAACUCGCAUCUACCACUGCAACAUUGAUUCUUCUGGCAAUGUUAGUUUGGACAUCUUGAAAGAUAAUUGGAGUCCAGCUCUGACAAUCUCAAAGGUUCUUUGCGCGCUUAUAUCUAUAUUCACUAAUCCUGACACCUAUAAACCCCUUGUUCCUGGUAUUGCCCACUUGUACUUGACAGACAAAUCCAAGCAUGAUGAGCUAGCAGCGGAGUGGACAAUGAGAUUCGCAAGGUGAAAUGUGGUCUUUAAGCCCAUAAUAUUUGGUAUUAGGGAAUACAUAUUACUUUCUGCAGUCGAGAAAAUGGAGCUCAAGUUUCGUCUUUAGAAGCUGUCUUCUUGCUCACAUAGUUAUCUGGUUCUGGAAUUUUGUUUAUUUAACUAGGUUUGACAUUAGUUCUAAUUGGGUGGAAACAGUCCACAGCGCUUAUGUAGUAAUAACUAGUUCAGCAAGUUCUUGGUUCUUCCAUUAUUACUUUGUUGAUGAGUAUGGCUAACAAGUAGUAUUGAUGUAUAUGUAUGUAAUAACAUGUAGUUGUGAUCUUCCUCUUCAAUGCUUGAUUAAAGCAUAAUCUUGUCGCCGAUUUGCUACACGUUAUUUUUAUCA